AGCAGUAGUGAUAAGCUCAUCUAGAGAAGGCUGACUUAAUGUGCUUCAAAUUAGUUAUGUUCCCAAAGGAGUUUCUUUUUAUGCAUUAAUUAUUGUGUUUAAGCCGCCUAUAACUUUUGUGCCAUCCAAUGUGAGAUUAAAUUAUUAAUUCUAUUGCCAAGUUAAGGUGUCCUCUGGCUGAUGCACUGUCAGGUAUAAUGAAUAGGCAAUAAUGAAAUUUUUAGCUGUUAUAUCAUAUCUUUUGUUUGAGUUGGGUUGCUGCUUUUGAUUUGUUAAUUCACUCAUUUGUAUCAUGUCUCUGGUGUUUCUUGUUAGAAUGAAUCUCUACAUUUUAUGGUUUGGCAUUUCAAUGUGUUUUCAGGAAAAACUUUAUAAUUGGAUAAGGAGACAACAAGAGGGAGGGUCGAGGGUAAUGACAUUGGAUAUACUCAAUUAUCUUCAGAAUGAACUGGAAUACUGUGGAGAGGAACCCACCAUGUCACCUAGAGCACCAGCACAACAACAGCAUUCCCAGCCUGCAAUGCAGUUCACAAAUACCAGCUUCAUGGUCUCUUCAGGCCCGUCUGGCCAAAUUGCUGGGCAGGGAGCUCGUCCAGAAAAUUCGGAUCAACAGCCCAAGAAUACAGUUUUCUCAAAUGCUUUAUCAAGCCCCAUUCGGCGGUGUCUUCAGAAUUAUCACAUUUCACAGGGAGGUUACUAUUCAAAUGGUGGUUUACCUUCAGGAACUGGUGCUAGGAACAACGAAUCCAACUUUCUUCAGCACCAGAAUAGGGAUCCCAAUCCUCUGAGUUCCAAUGAUUCCUCAAUGGAUAUGCAUGCUGAUAGUCCUGCCCAUGAAUCAACCUACUGAAUUGCUCAGGUAACCCAUUUCAAAAGCUCUUUUUCUUGUGGUUAGGAAAUAUCUGCAUUUAAGGCUUACAACCUCAUAUGGCUUUCACAAAAGAGAUGAAAGCACAACAUGAAGAUGGUUACUUCAUACAGUAAUAAACACAUGAUUGUGAUGACUUGAGUGUGGAGAACAGCGUGAUUGUGUGUUCUCAUUGAGAAGGAUGCGCGAGCACCACAGCCUGGCAGUUUAUGUUUUAUCAUCUUGGGCAUAAAAUCAUAUGUAAAGCAAUUUGUAGAAUUCAUUCUACAACUUAUAGACUGCAAAAGUUUGUUUAAUUAUCUCUUUUCUGCUCUUUUCAACAUUUAAAUUUUGCGCUAUGAUGUGUGUUUAUCAGGAUGCCUGACAUGUAUCGUCAAAAUUCUUUUGUUCGCUUCAUAAAGUAUAUGCUGGCAGAUUCUGGUUAGUGGAAUUGCAUAUAAUUGCUGGC